AUGGAAUCGCUGCAAGAGACAUAUGCUAGCCUAAGAAGUCAGCCGCUAGGGGCCCAGAUUGCUAUCGUCAGUGUCGCUCUUCUCCUUACUCUCAUGGCCAUUGGACUACCGAUUUUGAUUAAACCAUCUUCUGAUCUUGUUGCGAUCACAGAAAGUUGUGGCGGGCACAUGACCGACGAUGUGAGGCGCACCCUCUUACGUGUACAUAACGAAGCACGAUCUAAAGUGGCCCUCGGAGAUUACAAAAUAUCUGCAGAGGGAAGUGCACUUACGGAACUUCCACCGGCUGUUAGGAUGUACCAACUGAAGUACAACUGCUCACUGGAGAGGUCUGCUCUAAAUUGGGCUGGACAGGCACAGUGUCAAAUGAUUCACUCGCAAUGGCCAGGGAUCGGAGAAAAUCUUUAUGCGUCAGGAAUGGUUCGGUCGUUUAUGUACUCAGCCAACGUACGUUCCACGUACUAA